GGGACGGCCAAGGGCGGUCGCUGCCUUGCCUGGCGUUGACAGUUUGAUGCGACCGCGGGAGCGUCCGCCCGACCGCCACCGCGUCCGCCUCAGCUCCCCUCGCUUCCCUCUAAUUUCCAGCCCAGUAGUAGGGAGACUAGAAUCGUCGGCGCGACGCCUUGGCAGAUUCGUCCGCCCCGAUCCCACCACCACCGUGCCCCGCGGGUGACGUCGGACCGGCGGCGAUGGCAACGUCGGCGGCGGCGGGAUCGCGCAGGAAGGCGCCGAGCCCUCCGAAGCACCGCCACGACGGUACCUCGCCGCUGCCUCUCGGCAUGGACUGGAGCCCUCCCCCGAAGAGAUGGGCUCAUUGCUUAUUGACUGCAUACAGGAGGGAAGGAACACCAUAUGGCCACACAACCCUCAAACAGGUUGGAGUUACUGUGUGAUGAUGCCUUCUUGGAUCACCCAAACACCUGAAACUGGUGUCACAGCCGAUAGCUUUUUGAAAUCUGUCGUUUUUUACAGGAUACAUGUUGGUAUACAAUCUUCAGAAGGCUUUAGCUCUAUCCAUGGAAUCCUCAGAAGGUUUAGUGACUUUCUGAAGCUAUCUUCUGAUCUUAAGAGCGCGUUUCCCAGAAAAGAUGUCCCAUCGGCUCCUCCGAAGCAUGCUUUCUUAAGAAUAAAUUCAAGCAGGUUGCUUCUAGAAGAGAGAAGGCAUGCAUUGGAGGAGUGGAUGCAGAAGUUACUUUCUGACAUUGACUUGUCAAGAAGUGCUCCUGUUGCUGCUUUUCUUGAGCUUGAAGCUGCUGCGCGUUCAUAUUUCCAAGAACGGAAUGGGCGUCCUUCUGAAGUAGGUCCUUCUGCAAAAAGCAGUACUAAAUCUUCCUCACAUUCUGAUGGACCUGCUUCCGGUUCUCUUGCUGAGUCCAAUGAAAUAAAUCAAGGUCUUACUCGCGGUAGCAGUCUGACAGGAGCAACUGGUAAUGGUGUGCUUGGAGAAGCUAUCUUAGAUCAGUCUGAUGAGCAUGUUAGCAGUGCCUUGAAUCACAGGAAAGGGAACCUUGUAUUGGAACAUGAUGGUAGAAAUGGUUCGGUAGCGUCUUAUAGGGGAGUUCUUUCAGAAGAGGACCGUGAUUCUUAUCCCGGCCAUGCUCGGAAGGACUCUGCUGAAAGUAUUGGGAGUGAUUUGAGUUCUUUAAGAGGAAGUGAAUUAUCUGUUCCAGGGGCUAGUAAUUCCCUUUGGGAUGGUGCUGUGGUGGAUGGACAUGUUAGUCAAACAGAACAUCUUACUGGUUUAGAUAUGCAUCUUUUGUAUGAUAUGGAUGCGCAAGUCAUCCUUCCAAAUGAUAAAAAACAGAAGUUGACUAGACUUUUGAUCACAAUGCAACGAAGAAUAGGGACAGCAAAAACUGAUAUGGAGGAUCUCAUAGCACGAUUAAAUCAGGAAGGAGCUGUUAAAGAAUAUCUUACUACAAAGGUUAAAGAUUUAGAGGUUGAAUUGGAAGCCACAAAGCAAAAAGGUAGAGAGACACUGCAACAAGCUAUCCUGGCUGAAAGAGAGAGGAUUACCCAGAUGCAGUGGGAUAUGGAUGAGCUCCGUAGGAAGUACUCUGAGAUGGAGUCAAACCUGAAGACCGAACAUAAUGAGAAAACUCGUGCGGAGUCAGAAAGAACAACUGCUAGUGGUGAAAAUGAAACAUUACUUGAAGAAUUAGAAAUCAAACAAAAAGAAGUUGAGAGUUUGAAACAGCAACUUGUAGAAGCUGAGGCAAAGUCCAAAGCUGAUAAGAAAGUUCUUGUCAAAGAGGUCAAGUCUCUUAGAAACUCCCAAACUGAGAUGAAGAAAGUGUUGAAUCAGUAUCUUGAGGAGAAGACUGAUUUAGAGAGAGUUAUUAAUAGAGAUAAACAGAGAUCAGCACGUACAAAGUUAUCCCGAGUAAAAAUUCUUCAUGAGUGUCGACUGCUGCGGGAGCGGCUACAAGACUGCAGUGCUAAAUUUCUAGCAGAAGAACAAGACAACUUUACUAUUGAUCCAUCAUCCUUGCCUGAUGCAUUAGAUCUUCUAGCAACAUCAGACAAUAGAAUACGCCUACUCGUUGCUGAGGCUCAACUUCUAGCACGAGAUGAUGAACAAGGCUCUUCUGAUGGUGGCGACGAUUCUGAUAGUAGAUCCUCAUUAACUAUGAGCAGUGAAGAUGCAAAAGUUACCGAUGAAGAUACUACUAAAAUGCUUUCUGAUCUGCUCAUUGACAAUGCGCAGCUGAGACUACGCCUCAAUGCUGUCAUCCGCAAUGCUGUAAAUACUUCCGUGAAGCCAGAGAAAGAAGGUAGUGGCGAGGUUCUCCCCAAAAAGACAGUCCUUAACUGGUUGUUGGACAGAUGAGAGAACCACCAAUAUAUAUUUAUGUGGAUUAGUUCUUCAAACUUACGCGGCUUGACCAAAAUUAUAUGAUGAGCGUACCUAUAGUGCCAGGGUAGCAUCAGGAAUUCAGGAUAAAACCUUCCCUCCAUGGAGGGAAGGGGAGCCUGGAAGCCUUUGUUUCUGUUGCACGAUUUUUUAUCCACGCAUGGAAGUCACGGAGGAUGGUAUAUAUAGGGCCACGGCUUUGGCUCCUAAAAAAUGACUGUCUGGCUUCUC